AUGUCAAGUCCUGAGGAAGCGCAGAACGAAGGGAGUGCAGAGGUCUACAGCAGCUCCUACGAACAUCGAUAUGCAAAUUAUAUCGCGGGGAUUACAUCGGGUACGUUCUUUGGGAAUAAGAUUGUAAAAUAUGACUGAAUAACCAUGGUGUUUGAGGUCAAAGAUUAUGGAGAUAGUCUUGUUAUUAGGGUAUUUACAAGUGUUCCCGAUUGUAAACAUGUUGCGCAAUCCCUUAAAAGGUGUGUUUGAUUGGAGAUGGCAAGUACAAUCAGAAAAACGUGACGAAUCACAACUUUACAAGAAUUAUUUUAAGAAGUUUUGUUUCUGAGAUCUGAAAACUCUAAAAUACGAAAUCCCCAUCAUUUUCUCGACCCCGUCAAUGAGCGCGAAAUCGCGUGGGAAUGGAUUAAUUUCGACGCGAACUUCAUAAAUGUCGUGGAAAGAACGGGGAUUCUUGACGAAUCCCUUCUAUUUUUACACCGACAACUGUCGCUCUGCAAAAAAUCUCGACCUUCCCUCGCGUGCAGACGCUUGGUUUCGAAAGUGGAGGCUACCGUCGCGGGUAAAUAGACGGGUUCAGAUGAUGAUGUUGUUCUAGGAAAAGGCGAGAAUUAUGGUGACUAAAAACUUGAACGAAUACCGCGGUCUUUGGUCUUAGGGCGAAGUUAUUCCAGAAGUUAGACGAUGAGGUCAUGGAAUCAGUAGUGUGGAAGAGGCGAUUUGGCGGAUGUUUUAUGUUAUGACAUCAGAAAUCGGAAGCGUUUCCGAAACUUUUUGGGAAAUGACGUGCAGAGACGGUCAGGAGAACCCAGAGUUCUUCUGAAGCGAGAGAAACGGUCAGUCUAUAUCACACUGAAGGUCCAACCAGUUCAUCGCGUACAAUAUCGGCCAAUCCCGAUCGCUCUCCUCCCUUGUCAGUCUGAUGUCGAAACUUGAGUUCGCGGCCUUUCGUCGCCUCACAGGUCGCAUGUUGACCGCGCUAGUCUCUGGUCUCAAUCGCCGGAACGUCGGUGGAAGGCGGAAAACGGUUAAAACAAAAUGAAAACAUCACGGCGACGUAAUCAUUCUCCCCAAUUGACCAUAUUCGAACAAUAUGACAAACGAUUUAUCAACUCGCGCACCGAGAAUAAGGCUCAUUCAUCCACCUCCAGCCUUCUCCUUCUUCGUCGUCGUCGCCACCACUCCUUUUUCGUCGAUGCAGAGACAGCGAGUGCGGCGCUCUCUUCUUCUCGCUGUUACAACGCCUGCUGCUUAUAACGUGCCCGGUGAUAUGUUUAUAGGGCCUCAUGACCCUCUAUAGAUUGUCGGUUUCUACAUUCAUCUGAGCGUAACUGAGCAAUGAGUCUCAUCGACUUCAUCGCCGGCUCCAUUGGAGGUAUGUGGGAGCGUUAGCGAGCUGCCGGGUUACUGUACGAUCGUAUUUUGGGAAUUUACAUCUUAAUUAUCAAAAAUUAAAAAAAAAAAACCAAAUAUUAUAUAUCCCAGAAAUGUCGAUCAAGACUUUUGAUGGUCUACUAGAAUAAAAAUUACGCCAUUUCAGGAGCGGCUGGAGUCCUGGCCGGCCAUCCCUUGGACACAGUCAAAGUCAGACUCCAAACUCAGAAGACGGGUCAAUUUCGAGGAACAUGGCAUUGUUUUACGCAUAUUCUAGCCAAAGAUAAGGUCCGCGGACUGUAUAAAGGUAAGGUUACGUCAUUUUUUUACUUAAAAUUUUUUUUUUCCUAAGUUAUGGGUAAGUUAGAACGAAAAAAAAAUUGAGGAAUUCCGUCCAUUUCUGCCAAUCUAUGAUCUGUUUAACUGCGGGCAAGUUCAUAGAUGAUUUCAUAAUUGCGCAGUACUUCUGUUUGAAUGGUUUAUGGUUUACAACCGCUGAGGGGGAGAUACCUGUAAAUAUUACAGCAUAACCGAGAACUCGAGGGACAAAAAUAGAACUAACGUUGACCGAAAUAAACUUACGAGAACAUUUGAGCAUACAACUUGUUAUAUUAAACAUUAACACGGCUAGAAUGUCUUCUACGUCAAUCACACUGACUACGCGAUAUUUAAGGUAUGUCCAGCCCUUUGUCAUCGCUGACAUUGGUUAACGCAAUCGUCUUUGGAGUCCAUGGAACCGUGGCCAAACAAUUCUCAGAUCAUCAGGCCAUCUUCACCCACUUUGUGGCCGGUUGUUCGGCGGGUAUUGCGCAAGCCUUUGUCGCCGCUCCAACGGAGUUAUUGAAGUUGAGGGUUCAAGUUCAAGACGGCCCGAGGCAAUACAGGUCGCCUUAUCAUUGUCUGAGAUGUAUAUUGAAGGAGAACCCAUCUACUUUGACCAGGUGAGAGUUAUUAAUUUUUUGGCAUUUAGGUCUAAUGUUAGGGAAAAUUGCUUGUCUUAUGAGUCAAGUUUUCCUUUGAGAUGUCAUAGCUUAAUUUUUAAUCAUAGUCAAAUUGAUUAUAUUCGUACUUUAGAGGAAUCUGGAUCACCCAACUCCGCGAUUGUCCCGGAUUAGGAAUUUACUUUGCAUCAUACGAGUAUCUGGCACGGAAAAUGAGCAAGGACGGCACCAUGGAAGCCCUAACGAGUCUCCAGCUGCUGAUGGCCGGAGGUAAAGUUUACUGGGUCUGUAUAAUGUUUUCAAGGUCUGGCUGGCAUGUUGUCCUGGUUGUUCAACUACCCCACUGACGUGAUUAAGACGAGGUAUCAGGCCGAUGAUUCGAUUAAAACAUACCGGGAGGUCAUUCACAAGGCCUAUGCCGAGAACGGGAUCAGAACCUUCUUCUGUGGGUUCGGGUCGACAUUAUUGAGGUGAGAUCUGUCCCAAUCAAUAUAUGUCUUCUUUAGGGCAUUCCCCACAAACGCGGCGACCUUCUUCACCGUGGAAUGGACGUAUCGAUUGUUGCUGGACUAUGACCUGCUCGGUUACAUCCAGCAGUUGUCGAUGACGAACGGGAAGCGCCGGUAUGUCUCUGUGUAUGAUCUCUGGCAACGGAAUUCUUUCUUGCUCCCUGAAGCCGGCAGCACCUACAUCGACCCGAUGAUCCAUAG